AUGAAUCUUCUUUCCCUCCUGGGUGUAGCUGGCCUGGUUCGUGCUACGUUUGCUGGCUCCAUCUCAUACUCCGGGCCUAGUGUCAAUACAAAGAAUGGGACAUACGGCGGCCGUCACCUACCCACAUACGACCAAGAUGUAUUUUUAGGCAUCCGAUAUGCUCAAAAAGUAGUCCGCUUCUCCCGGGCCGAACCUCUCAAUGAAUCAUGGGACGGAGUCCUACCUGCCACCGAAUACAAGGAACACUGCUGGGGCUAUGGUAUUGAUUGGACCGGUCCGAAUGCAGACUGGUCCGGCUAUCCCAUGUCAGAAGACUUUUGGAUCCAUGGAGGAGGGUUUGCCAAGGGUGGAGGCUCGGACAAGCGGUACAAUUACAGCUACGCCGUGCGAGAUGCUGUCAACAUGGACAAGCCAUUUAUCGGUGUUACCAUUAACUACCGUCUCUCGGUGUGGGGGUGGCUUAUGGGCAAGGAGGCUAUGGAGGCUGGCGCUGUAAAUCUUGGGUAUCAUGAUAUGCGUCAAUCCCUGCGCUGGGUCAACGAAAAUAUAGCUGCAUUUGGAGGCGAUCCCGCAAAGGUGACUAUCGUAGGCCAGAGCUGUGGCGCUGAAGCUCUAGCGGCUCAGAUAUUGGCCUACAAUGGCCGUGACGAUGGACUUUUUCGGGCGGCUAUCGGGGAGUCUGGGUUCGGGGGCCGCAUUCCUCGAUUCCAUCCUGGUGGUUUCAACAGCACUAUCGCUGACCAAGAGCAAUUCGAUCGACUCGUGUUGAAUACGUCUUGUGCCCGCACUGUGGGGACCUCCGCUGCUGUUCCCUGCCUCAGGAAUGCGCCGUUCGAUGAGAUUAAUCACGCCGUCAACGUAUCUGGCAUUACGCCGUGGGCGCCGGUGAUGGAUGGCGAUUUCAUCCAAGAUUACCCAACAAACCAGUUCCGGGACGGUAGGUUCGUCCACGUUCCGAUCUUGAUCGGCGCCAAUACAGACGAAGGGGCUUAUUUUCGGGGUCUUCGUGGCAACGCUAAUGUGAGCAUCAUCAACUCGGACGAUGAUUUUAAAAACAUGGUUAGACCGGUCUUCGCGGACAAUGUCGAGAAUGCAACCGGCAAGAGUGUAAACGAGCUUGUUGACGAGCUUGCAUUGUUAUAUCCUAACAUCCAGAGUGUGGGUAUCCCCAGCCUCCAGGCCUGGCCUGUAGUCAUAGACGACACCACACCUGAUCUAGAGUAUUUGGGUCUCCAAGACCGACGGGGUAAUGCUUUCGGUGGCGAUGUCACUAAUAUUGCCUGGCGUCGAAAAUCCAAUAUUCUCUGGUCUCAACAUGGAAUUCCCAGUUGGAGUUACAGGUUUGACGCCGUCCCAGACGGUAUACCAGCCAACGUUUCUGCAGCUCACUUCCUUGAGGCAAGUUAA